AGGAAAAGAAUUGGAGGGGAGAGAAAUAAAGACAUUAAAUUAUUACGUUUAAGAAAUUGAAGGAAAAUUAAUCAUUCUUCCCUUUCCUUCCCACCCUUUUUUGUCCUUCUCAUUUCUCUAUCCAGUAUCCACACAUAAUGCAACUCUAAAGCAAUUAGCUUUGCCGAGAAUUAUAAAUAGGGGGCCUAGACACGGUUCAAGCCUACAUGUCAUCAUAUUAUGUCAAACUCGUGUAUCUAAAUAUUUCACCUAUCUUAAUAGUGUUACGGUUCAAGCCUACAUGUCAUCAUAUUAUGUCAAACUCGUGUAUCUAAAUAUUUCACCUAUCUUAAUAGUGUUUGUCAUUCUUGAAUGACAAACUAUAUACCAUGACCGAAUGCAAUUUUCGUGUUGGACUGUGCUAUACCAUGUUCCAACCCGAUCAAUGUCACCUUUAAUGUUCAAUUUGUCAAAGUUGAAAACACGACCCAAACACAAAAUAUGUAGAUUAUCUAUUUAUUUAAUGAAAUGAAUUUAACAAAUAAAUCGGGUUUGUGUUACCAAAGAGGCAAAGACAUUAUUUCAAUAUUCAAAUCAAAUCUCUUCAAAAAAAAAGAAAAAAAAAAAAUCAAAUCAAAUAAAUUCAUCGACCAUUAUGUCCUAACUCCUAAGCUGGCCACCCAAGAUUCUUACAAGUUACAACAAUUUUAAAUUUGGUAAAAAAAAAUUGAUGGAAGAAAACAAAACUGGCAAACAUGAUCUAUGUGAUCAUCCCCUUCAACCCAACGUUACAUAGUAUGAACCAAAUAAAUUGAUGACACUCAUGGUUUAGGCCUGAUGAAAGACAAUACAAUUGGGGAUGCUUUGAGGCGAGAAUCUUUGAAUAUGGAACAAGAAUUACGAGUUGCUUCCAUUGUUAAAGACAGGCUCCCUGGCAAGGACAAGGAUUCAAGACCAAAACAAGACCCCCAGCGGCCCCUUUUGUUUAGUGCGAAGGAACUAAGUUCCUGCAUCAUAGCCUCAGAAACUACCCGUAUCAUCUGUUCUGUUUCAAUAGCUCUAUUAGUGGUUCUAUCUUUCAUAGAUUAUCCAGUACUUGGAGUAAACAUCGUGAACUCAAAAAGCAUCAUUGCUUUAAGGCCGCUAUACUUGCUGUUAGUGACAGAAAUCACUGUCAUAAUAGCAUACCUUGUUUUCAGAAGACGAAGAUAUGAAGCCUCUGAAGAAGAUACAGGGGUUUCGAAGGGAGGUGGAGUUAAUUGGGAAAGAGCAGAGACGUUGGAGCGAGGACUAGUGGCUCACCAGACUAUUCGUGCUGUAUUUAUUGAUUUCAGUGUUUAUGUGGUAAUUGUGAUCUGCAUCCUCUCCUUGGCAACUCUAAUUUAGUCUCGAGAUCCAUUUUGUUAAAUUUAUUUGUAUAGUUUGAUCUUAACAUUGUAACACUAGCAUUUGUUGGUCUCCAUUACUUAUGGUCUUUGUAAAUAGCCUUUGGACACACACGAGGCUCGACCUUUACUUGAGUUCUGUAUGCCUGUAAAUCUACCUGAUUUAUUCGAGAAGAACCGGUAUCCCCCUGUUUGUAAUUCA